AUGAUGCUCCGAAGAGGAUUUAUUGUCUUUCUCCCCCGACUCGCAGGCUUGCUGGUGGUGGCCUGUUGCUUGGUGUCCAUUGUCUAUAUGCUGGCUUGCACGCCCAGGGGUGAUGGCCAGCAGCUUGCCUUGCCCAGGGCACGCGGUCCGACCACCAAGGAGGGGUAUGAAGCUGUUCUGCAAGAGCGAGAAGAGCAACACCGCAACUACGUCGUCAGCUUGAAGAAGCAAAUUGCUCAGCUGAAGACUGAGCUCCAGGGCAGGAACGAGCAGCUUAAGAGCAUGCAGGAGCGGUACCCAGACCCCUUGGACAUUUGGCUUGACCACAGUAACCCCGAGAAGGCCCAGGCAAACCUGCUGGCUUUCCUCCGGUCCCAAAUAGACAGAGCAGAGGUGCACAGCGGCGUUAAGCUGUCCACGGAGUACGCGGUCGUGCCCUUCGACAGCUUCACCCUGCAGAAGGUGUAUCAGCUGGAGACAGGGCUGACGCGCCACCCCGAAGAGAAACCCGUGAGGAAGGAUAAGCGAGAUGAGUUGGUAGAGGUGAUCGAGUUGGCUGCUGGGAGUUUGAACCAUCCAGAGGGGGCCGGCAAUGCAAAACAGCGGGUGUACACAGCCUCCGACUUCGUUGAAGGGAUCUACCGGACAGAAAAAGACAAGGGCACGUUGUAUGAGCUGACUUUCAAAGGCGACGCAAAGCAUCAGUUCAAGAAGGUUGUUUUAUUCCGGCCGUUCGGUCCUGUAAUGAAAGUGAAAAAUGAGAAUGUCAAUAUGGGUGACACGCUCAUUAACGUCAUCGUGCCGCUGGCCAAGAGAGCCAGCAAAUUCCGGCAGUUCAUGCAGAAUUUCAGGGAAAUGGGCAUUCAGCAGAUUCACCUCACCGUAGUUUACUUUGGGAGAGAACAGAUGAAUGAAGUCAAAUCGAUACUUGAAAAUACCUCCAGGUCAGCCAACUUCAAGAACUUCACCUUCAUCCAGCUGAAUGAAGAAUUUUCCAGGGGCAAAGGAUUGGACGUUGGUGCUCGAGUCUGGAAAGGACACAACGUCGUUCUCUUUUUCUGCGACGUGGACAUCUACUUCACAGCGGAAUUCCUCAACUCCUGCAGGCUGAACACGCAGCCAGGAAAGAAGGUGUUUUAUCCUGUUCUCUUCAGCCAGUAUAACCCCAGCAUCAUUUAUGGCAACCAUGAGUCCAUCCCGUCGCUAGAGCAGCAGCUGGUUAUUAAAAAAGAAACUGGAUUUUGGAGAGACUUUGGGUUUGGGAUGACUUGCCAGUACAGAUCUGACUUUAUCAACAUAGGUGGCUUCGAUCUGGACAUUAAAGGCUGGGGUGGGGAAGAUGUCCAUCUGUACCGCAAAUACCUUCACAGCAACCUCAUCGUCAUCCGGACGCCCGCCAGGGGCCUCUUCCACCUGUGGCACGAGAAGCGGUGCCCGGGCGAGCUGAGCCCCGAGCAGUACAGGAUGUGUGUGCAGUCCAAAGCCAUGAACGAGGCGUCCCACGGCCAGCUCGGCAUGCUCGUCUUCAGGCGAGAGAUCGAGAGCCACCUGCGCAGGCAGAAACUCAGCAGCAAGAAGACAUGAAGCCAGAAA